GCGGUGUCCGGUGAUGUCGACUGCGCCGAUUCGCACGUAGUGUCUGCAUCUCCUGAGCUUAAAUGCAUGUUAUCUGGGUGCAGCUGUCCUCAAAGCACGUGUGCGGCGCAGCAACUCUGAAGUACGGCGGCCAUAGCACUUGCUACGACUGUGACAUCGACAUUCGGAACAGGUCGCCUGCUAGCUUGACGUCACCAACGAGGAUUUAAAGGAGGCUACCCUGACACCCACAUCAUUUUUGAGGCAGCGGUUGGGGCAACUAGAGCCGUGGUGAUUGCUUUCUACUUGCUCUGCAGGUUCUCUCUUUUCGCUCGGUGCCCUCGUACAUCACGAAGACUGGUCGCAUCGACGGCAUUGGCCAAGAUCAGCGCUGGGACAAUCUCGGUGAGAACAGGGGACAUCCCCCCUCUUCGGCCGCGCAGAGCUGCGAAACUCGCCGAGCCGAGAGUGCGGCCCCAGGAGCCACCAUGUUGCACGCCAUCAUGCUCGUCCUCCUAAGCAUCGUCUUUCUCGUGGUCGGGAUUUUCGCAAAGACCUUUACCUUUUGGAAAGGGAAAGGCAUCCCAUACUUGUCUUUCUUUGAGUACCUCCGUGUGGUUCGGGACAACUUCACAGGAGAGCUCAAUAAAGUUGCAAUUCGGAAUUACAAGCGCUAUGGCCGGAUAUACGGGUCAUACCAGGGGCUCGUACCAAGCCUUGUUGUCUCUGACCCAGAUGUGCUGAGAGAAAUUUGUGUCAAGGAUUUCAAGUCGUUCGUCAACAAAUCGGACGACAAGGUAUCAGGAAAUACUCUUUGGGACCAAAUGGUUUUGCACCAGCAAAAUGACCAAUGGAAGCAUACACGCAGUUCGCUGUCGCCGAUGUUCACAACGGCCAAAUUAAAAUCGAUGGUACCAAAAAUGACUAAGACUAUGGACAGGUUUAUGAAGUUGCUGCUGGCGAAGCUCAAUAAAGGGAAGCCCACAAAUCUCUGCCAAUUGUUGGAAAAAUCAGCCAUGGACUUGUACACAUCACUCAUCUUUGACCUGGACAUUGACAGUCACGUUGACACUGAUCACCCAAUGCUCAAAUGCUAUAGCGGCUUCCUCAGUGCCCCUGGUGGCUGGAGGCUACUCAUGAUGACCACUCUCCCAAGGCUUUUCAAGGUUUUCAGAGUGGAAUUUCCGAACAAAGGUGACUCGCAGUAUGCGCUGGACUUCACAAAGCACUUGAUCGGACAACGACUGCGAGACAGUGAAAGGCAUGAUGAUGCACUCCAAAUGUACAUGGACACCAAAAUGCAGCAAAAUGGGAAAGGAGGCGUCCAACUUUCAGAAUCUGCACUCAACGACAUCUCCGCCCAGUGCAUGUGUUUGUUUAUCGCUGGGAGCGACUCAAUAGCUCUGACUGUGACGUGCGCGGCGUACUCAUUGGCCCUCCACCCCGAGAUUCAGGAAGCGGUGAUAAAAGAAGUUGAUGCCGCGGACGAGGCCAACUACGAGUCUCUGCGGUCGAUGGUGCUUCUUGAUGCCGUCGUCAGUGAAACGCUGCGGAUGUACUCACCGACGUCGGUGCUUACCAGGAUAUGUUCGCAAAGCACAACAGUUGCUGGCGUCCGCUUUACGCCUGGGAUGCGCGUCGAGAUUCCAGCCCACGCCAUGCACUACGACCCCGAAUUCUUUCCCGAACCGGAAAUCUUCAAACCAGAGAGGUUCCUGCCGGAGCACAAGGAUUCCAUCAACACUUACACGUAUCUUCCUUUCGGAGUGGGCCCAAGGAGCUGCAUAGGCAUGCGCAUGGGCAUGGUGCAAGUGAAGUACAUUCUAUACCGCCUCCUGCAGAACGUCACCUUCGAGCCUUGCGCAGAAACUCAGGUACCGCUUUCUUUUGCCAAAGGCAAGGUCCUCCUGGAGCCCGACCCGCCAAUUCAACUGAAAAUUGUUCCUCGAGUCAAGUGCUAGUUCACAGACCCGUCAAACUCCGCCACAGGACAACGCCGCAGUGUAGGAUGCCUCCAUGACAAUCUAUGGAUUCGUUGUUUUGCAAAGUGUCGAAACACGUGUUUAGUUUCGUUGCAUUUUACGUUCGAAUGUUUCCAAGGAGUGAAUGCUCGUCAUGUACAUUACUGUAGUGGUGCUUAAGCUUCCCUUUAGAUAUAUUUGCCUGCGUAGAUGAAGUAUCUUGGUUUUUCUUAAAUGAAAUUCUUGCCACCAGAUAAUGCUACUGCACUUCCCCGGCAUCUCAUAUUGAGACCAUAUAUAUAGAUUUAAUGGUAUCUGUUGUGAAUAAUGCAUUUCAUUAUAUUUUUGUUGUCAGAUUUUCACAGUCAUUUCUUCAUCCUUUGUGUAAUGUACAUAUCAUGAGAGAAGGAGAGUGAAGUUUGUUUAGCAAAGCAAACGUGCAAUAUUGAAAAGGGAACAAGUACAACAAGUAAAUCUCUCGGUAAAGUAAAAUACUUAGGGUAACCUUGUAUAGCUUCGAUGAUUGGACAACAAAGUGCACUAAGCACACAGAAAAACAUAUUGCUUCGUGAACAACAGCAAGUAUGCUGUGACAUAGGGUAGUAACAAUUGGAAUUACAAUGAACUAUAUAGUACGGUUGUCAGAGAACAAAAACAAAAGUUUCCUUUUUUUUAGCUGUUCCUGUAAAUAGUACUGGGGGGCAGGAGCUCCAACAUGAGGCGCAGUCAGUGAAGUAAGGUCAUGCGGACGUUUAAUGCAUUCAUGUAACUGGUGUGAAAGGUUAACUAAAUGAAACGCUUUCAAGCAAGAACGAAAGACAGAGCCCAGUAUCUUUUAUGUUUUGAGUUCAUCAGAGCACAAGGCUGCAGCAUAUUAUUAUUGAUCAUAAGGUAGCAUUAACACGAAAUAAUAAAGGUGAAAUAACCAAUUGACCAGGCGAAUCAUUCCACAAACAAGCUUCUCAUACACUGCUCAUGGUGUUCAAUUUCGGGCGCUGUUUAACACUUUCCCUUCGCAGUAUGGGUCGGAGAAGCAGAUCACGUUCCCAAAAGGACUGGGAAUGCUCGAAGUCUAUAACACCGUGAACUCCAGUAAUUUAAGUAUACACCAAUGUAAAUACCCAUAAGGGUGUUCUAAGUAGCAAGGUCAAAGUAAUAAAACCCCUGUUGCAUCCAUCAGAACAGGAAAUUAUAUUUCUUUAUAACACCAAUAGGAAGAUUUCUUGCACGUGGCAUCACAAAUUAAAAAUUCAAUACACGGCUAAAUUAACAAAGGCCAUGUGAAGCUCGCGAGUUAUUGUACCUUGGUACAGGUCAGAAGGCAUUGUUUCAUAUUUGCCACCAUCACUUUGAUUUUACCGGUACAAUUGACUUCAACCAGAAAUAUGGUCAAGCUAAAUGGUUCUACGGUUGCGUCGCAAUACGGUCAGUGCAAUGCGUUUGUACCUGUUUCAGACGUGUUAUUGUAUUCCGGCUUGUAAAGAUAGGUGGCUACAUAAUGCUUCGCUUCAGAUAACAAACUGUGCUGCUUUUAAGUUGCAUCGCCCAAUGUGGGAAUAUCUUGUGGAAAGUGAAACAAUGUUUCCCUAUCCAUGAAUAUAUAGGUUAUUUAUUGACCAGUCCAGAAUGUUGUAGUGUUCUGUGCAACACUUUUGUUGACAAAUAAUUUGUAUUUGUGUGUGCUAUUGUGUCGCUUCCGAAGUCGUGAUGUUUCUACUGCACUUGCGUUUUAGUUUUACUCACUGAGCUCAAUGUAUUUCUUUACCAAGUCUUGAGGUCCUCCGGUCAGCACAACGUUGUCAUUACCUGCCCGCUUUCAAAAAGGUUGUCUGUUGUCAUUACCGUUGUGUUUUAGUACAGUUUACGACCCUGUUUAAAUCGUUUGUUGGUACCAACUUCGCUUACCCUACAAAAAAGGCACCAGGUCAUCGCAAAUUAUGUGCCAUCAUAACUAAUAGCAAGUAAGUACAUCGGUUCAUCUCUAGGAACACGAACGGCUAUUUUUCAAUAAAAUGUUGCUAA